GGCACACUGACUUAGACCUUGAGAUCUGGCGUUGGUACAGUGCCAGGGCUGAACUCUGACCAUCAUGGCCUUGGCACGGGCCAACAGCCCCCAGGAGGCACUGCUUUGGGCCUUGAAUGACCUUGAGGAGAACAGUUUCAAGACGCUGAAGUUCCACUUACGAGAUGUGACCCAAUUUCAUCUGGCCCGAGGGGAACUGGAGAGUCUGAGUCAGGUGGACCUGGCAUCAAAACUGAUUUCAAUGUACGGAGCACAGGAAGCCGUGAGAGUGGUGAGCAGGAGCUUGCUGGCCAUGAACUUGAUGGAGCUUGUAGACUACCUCAACCAGGUUUGUCUGAAUGAUUACAGAGAAAUCUACCGGGAGCAUGUGCGCUGCUUGGAGGAGAGGCAAGAUUGGGGUGUUAAUAGCAGCCACAAUAAGCUGCUCCUGAUGGCCACAUCCAGUUCAGGGGGUCGCAGAUCACCUUCCUGUUCUGACCUGGAACAGGAGUUGGAUCCUGUCGAUGUGGAGACUUUAUUUGCUCCGGAGGCGGAGUCCUACUCAACCCCGCCCAUAGUGGUGAUGCAAGGAUCUGCGGGCACUGGAAAGACAACCCUGGUCAAAAAACUGGUGCAGGACUGGUCCAAAGGGAAGCUGUACCCAGGCCAGUUUGAUUAUGUUUUCUACGUGAGCUGCAGAGAAGUGGUCCUGUUACCCAAGUGUGACCUGCCCAACCUCAUCUGCUGGUGUUGUGGAGAUGAUCAAGCCCCAGUCACAGAGAUUCUGCGGCAGCCUGGGCGGCUCCUGUUCAUCCUGGAUGGCUAUGAUGAGUUACAGAAGUCCAGUCGUGCCGAGUGCGUACUUCACAUUCUGAUGAGGAGAAGGGAGGUACCAUGCUCCCUUCUCAUCACCACGCGGCCUCCAGCUUUGCAGAGUCUGGAACCCAUGUUGGGUGAACGGCGACAUGUCCUUGUCUUAGGCUUCUCUGAGGAGGAGAGGGAAACAUAUUUCAGCUCCUGUUUUACGGAUAAGGAGCAAUUGAAAAAUGCCCUUGAGUUUGUGCAAAACAAUGCUGUUCUCUAUAAAGCAUGCCAGGUUCCAGGCAUUUGCUGGGUGGUCUGCUCCUGGCUGAAGAAGAAGAUGGCGAGAGGUCAGGAAGUCUCAGAGACACCUAGCAACAGUACAGACAUCUUCACUGCUUAUGUGUCCACCUUUCUGCCCACUGAUGGCAAUGGAGACAGCUCUGAGCUUACCAGGCACAAGGUACUGAAGAGUCUGUGCUCCUUGGCUGCGGAGGGGAUGCGGCACCAGAGGCUGCUAUUUGAAGAAGAGGUCCUCAGAAAGCAUGGCUUAGACGGCCCCAGCCUUACUGCUUUCCUGAACUGCAUCGACUACCGAGCGGGGCUUGGCAUCAAGAAAUUCUACAGCUUUCGCCACAUCAGCUUCCAGGAAUUUUUCUAUGCCAUGUCCUUCCUUGUGAAGGAGGACCAGAGUCAGCAGGGAGAGGCCACACACAAAGAAGUGGCAAAGCUGGUGGAUCCAGAGAACCAUGAAGAGGUGACUCUCAGUUUGCAGUUCUUAUUCGACAUGUUGAAAACAGAGGGCACCUUGAGCUUGGGGCUGAAGUUCUGCUUCAGAAUCGCUCCUUCGGUAAGGCAGGAUCUGAAGCAUUUUAAAGAGCAAAUAGAAGCCAUAAAGUACAAAAGGUCAUGGGAUCUGGAAUUCUCUCUCUAUGAUUCUAAGAUAAAGAAGCUCACACAAGGUAUCCAGAUGAAAGAUGUCAUUCUCAAUGUGCAACAUUUGGAUGAAAAGAAAUCUGACAAGAAGAAGUCAGUUUCAGUGACAAGCAGCUUUAGUAGCGGGAAGGUACAAAGUCCAUUCUUGGGAAAUGAUAAAAGCACCAGGAAACAAAAGAAGGCAUCUAAUGGGAAAAGCAGAGGGGCAGAGGAACCAGCCCCGGGGGUUAGAAACCGUAGGCUGGCAAGCAGAGAAAAGGGUCAUAUGGAGAUGAAUGAUAAGGAGGAUGGUGGGGUGGAGGAACAGGAGGAUGAGGAAGGACAGACACUUAAAAAGGAUGGAGAGAUGAUAGAUAAGAUGAAUGGGUAGGAGAGAGAGAGAGAGAGAGAGAGAGAGAGAGAGAGAGAGAGAGAAAUAAAAGAUAAUUAGAUAAUUAAGACCAGGAGUCUUAGCAUGUGCAAUGAAAGAUUCACUGAAAGAACCAGCCCUUACCACAGAUAUUGGAAGUUUAAUUAGUUAGCAUCCCUCCCCCCUAGUAGGUGCUCAGUAUCUCCUGUGGUGUGAAGUCACUUUGAGUAGCCCCAUUCUACGCUAACAUCCAAUGACUAGACUUUAAUUCUAACAUUAGAUUCUUUUUUAAAUAAAAUAAACUUUAAAAUAAGAAAGUGAGAAUCACAUACAUUCUGUAAAAUAUAGGCAUAUAUGGAACACAUGUAAAGGAAACAUACUUUGGUAUAAUGGAAAGUCCUAUUGACUCUAUUUGUGUUCAAGUAUUGCUUAAAUAAAGAAUAGCUUCUCAUUCUUUCUAGAAACUUCUACACUUUCUAUUGUUAAAAGUGGGUCAUGGGUGGUCACAGCCCUAAACACUGGUCUGGGAAAUUCUUCUUUGCUUUGACCCGACUAAAUUAUGUACUAAUAUUGAUCAUAUUAGUACUGUUAGCCCCAGCUAUGCCAUCAACCGACUUUUCUUCAUGAAAAGAUGAUGCAGUUCCAAGAUUGGGCAUAUCAUUUUCUACUCUGGGUCUUUCUAUAAUAGAAAGAAAAGGACUUUUUGCUGUAGGCAUAAUGAGUUGAUUGAACUCCUUGUGUAGUGGAGGACAUUGAGGUAUAAUCAAGAGCCCUGUCUAUUUCUUAGAUUCCUCAGAAAGUUCUUGACCCUCACAUCAUAGCUAACCAUGCAGAAGCCUGCAGAGACUGCCAACAUGGCACUGAAUCCUGCUCAGUGGCUAUUGUUGGCCCUAGUCAGCUGAGUAUGGGUCCCUUAGCUCCACAGAAAACCUUACAGACAGGACUCUUGCUUUUUCUUAUUUUUUCCUCAUGAGUCGAUCCCAUAGGUAGCAAUUCCAGUUAUCUGCUGGAUAUACCCAGAUGUCUGGGUGCAAGGAACUCAGCCUUGAACAGUGAGUUUAGGACAUGGUAGCCCUGGUAACUAGUUUCCACAUGGUAAAUGUGGUGGCUUGACAUUUGACAAUCAUGCCCAUGGUAAGUUGAACCUACAGAUAGUGUGCAUAUACAGAAUAUGUCUAAGGAGCAGUCUGUGUGCUCACAAGCUUAUUUAGAGAGCAUUUGACAACUGGUCAGCUGGGUGCUGCUUAUUGAUACCUGCUGAACUAGUCUGUGUUGUCUCUGCAAACAAGUGAUGCUCUCACAAGACCAACUCCCAAGUGCCAUGAAUAAUUUGGGAAUAAUGAAACAGGUAUACAGCACUAUGUUUAAGUAACAGGAACUAACACACAACAAUGACUCUAGACAUGUUCUAAGAUUCCACUAAGGAGACACAUUCAAUUCUAACUGGCUUGAGCAAAAGAUUAAAUGACCCAAUAGUUUUACAAAAAGCCAGAAACAAUAAAGAGAAACUCUACUUGAUUUUUAGUUUUGAACACUACUGACUCUAUUGUUUUUGUUUAAAACAGGGUCUCAGGCAGUCAAGGCUGGUCUCAAACUUACUAUGUAGUCUAGGAUGACCUCGAACUUCUGUCCCUUGUACCUGCAUCUCCCAGGUGUGGAUAUGCUGCUCUUUCUACUAAAUUAAUUAUUGAUAUUCCUCCUCCCCUGUUGCUACUGGUGCUAACUAACAUAUAUCAGAAAAUUAGCUGAAGAAGUAGAGUUAAAAGAUUCUAGCGAUCGCUCUAGGCUUUAUUUCUUGAAGGAGAAUAUUUUCAAUCUUGUUUUACAGCUUAUUUCAGAGAGGGAUCCUGGAAAUAUUUACAGAGUUUUUUUAGCCUUAAGUUGUAUGAUGUAGAGACCUUUCAUAAAGACUUUACCACGUUGAACACAGAACCUUGCAAAUUCCUACAUAGAAUAAAAGGACAUAGAUUUACAGAUGACAAUGUCCUUCUAUUAGAAAAGUUGACCAUUGGAAAUGAGAACUCCUAUGAGCCUAGGGAUGAUCAAGAGAUGAUCUAGUCCCAGAGAGACCUACACUAACAGGCUUCUAUAACUAGUUGGUCACACAGGGGGACUGAACCUAUAACUUCAUAUGAGCUAGGCAAGUAAGUUAUGUCCCUAUUCACCCCCACAGCUACCUUUUCAAGAGAAUUCCACUGAGUUGCCCAGGUUAUCCUUGAACUCAUGCUGUAGCUUAUGAUCUUCCUGCCUUGGUAUCCAGAGUAGCUUGGGUUGCAGGCUCAGAUGACCAGACAUACCUCUCAACUAGCCUUUAUUGUUUUGUUUUGUUUUUUUUGCCUUUAAUUUGCUGCUCAUAGAGACUCAAAAUGCUUUGACUUUUGCCAUUUCUUCUUUUAAAUAAAAUUUAUUUUAAAAAGU